AUGGCCAACUCCCUCGUCAACAAGCUGGUUGCUAGCGCAGCUAGCAUCCAGAACGAGUUUUCUCUCGCAGCCGCCAAUCUUAACCUUGAUUUUACUCUCAUCAGGCUGGAGGCUCCCAAGGAGUUCAGAGGCAUCGACAACAGUCUCAGCGAUGUGCGAAGGGAGAAUGCCGAGAGAGGUACGCUGCACCGAACUGCCCGAAAGCUGGGUGCCCUCUUUGAUGGUGUUCCGCCUCCUGCCGAACACCUAUUAUCAGCCUAUGGCAAGCGCGUGUCCGAAAUCUGCGAGCGGAAGCACAUCGAUCCCAAAGAGCGAGCCAGACAUGGUAUCUUCUCUCAAUUUGUUGGGCCCGAUUCGGCCAGCUUGUGGGCAGCAGCAACCUCUGGCACAAAUGCGAUCGCCAUUCACCUGCUGGCAUCUAUGAUUUCCGGAGUGUUUGACAGUGCUGAGUCAAUUGCUCUUUGGUUGCAAAUAAUCGAGAGGAGGAAGGCAGAAAUUGAGCGCACCAUUGAUAAAGAGAGGGACGCAGUCAAGGUCAUGGCAACGGCACUUGCAACCCAGCAAGAAUUCACGAGAGACGAGCUGGCAGCUUGGGACAACAGCGCUCGGUCUUGGAUCAACACGGCGCAUACAGCAAUGGCUGAACAACGAAGGGCCGCGCUCUUGUAUUCCGAUGAGGCUGGGGCGCCGGUCAACAGUUCAACAGAUCCAUACGACAGUGUCAUCACGGCCUGGAAGGAUGCAAUGUCCUCGAUGGAUUCCCUUAUUCAAGGCAUCCCGCAGAGGGUUAGGAACGGCGCUGUUCUCUUGGCCAUCAAUUCCUGGCAUCUGUAUCCGGAUCUGUGUAUUUUGAGCCGUGGACCCGAUGUUAUAUCUCAGAGAGAUCCGCUCAUUCUUGGCUCCGGGAUCCUGACGGUGGACGUUGAGAGGUCCUCUGAGACCGCCGGCAGCGUGGUAUGGUCUCUACCACUGGCGUAUUUGAGGUACUACGGUGAGCCCGUCCUCGUAAACCGUACCCUCGGUGUGGACUCUACGCGGAUAUCGAUGGAUCAAUUCCGGUACGUCCUACUUGGAUGUGUCUUCGCCACCUGGACAGGUUUCGGCGGGUCAGCCCUAGACAACAUCAACCUCAUGGCUCGAUUGCUGGAUGCCUUGCGCUCACCUGAGCGAUCGACGCAAGAUUCACCGCAGCGAAAGUCGCAAUUGCUCCGGAUGCAGGAGAUCACGGCUCAGACCUCCUGGAUUGGACAACUUCUCGUAGCUGCAGAUGACAUCGUAUCUGGAGAUGGUAUCGAGAGGGAGACUGCUAUGAAAUUAGUCAACCAUGGUCGUCGUCACCCCAAGUUUCUCUAUGCUGCCUCAACCUGUCCUCAUCCAUUCUUCGGGCUGUGCCACAUGCCGUAUUUGUUCUCCUUGCUGAACGGCCCUGAAGCGUGCAUAGGAUAUUUGAGACAGUUCGCAAACGACCGCGGCCUGUCGAGCGAUAAUUAUGUUAUCAGGUACUACCUUGAUCAGAAUUCCUACAAUUACGAAUAUGCGACUAUCAAACCUCUUGCGGUUGUGGUGAAGCUUGCUCCACAGGAGGACCUGCGCAAUCCCGAGGAGAAAGAAGGUCCCAUUUGA